CGAGCGGGAGGUGACAGAGUGGCUGUCCUAGCCAAUAGCGCCUCAGCGUCCAGAGUUGUUCCCGGGCCGCUCCUCUCACGUGUCUGCUCCUGGGGCCUGUGUCCCGGCGCCGGGAAGUUGCGCGACCGCGGUGGUAAGACGUGCGCGGACACCUCGACCGGGCGGACCGGUGCGGCACCAGGGGACAACAUGCCAACUGCCAAGCAGCUAGCUGACAUUGGCUACAAGACCUUCUCCGCUUCCAUGAUGCUCCUCACUGUGUAUGGCGGCUACCUCUGCAGUGUCCGAGCCUACCACCUUUUCCAGCGGCGCAGCUCUCGGCGCCAGGCUGCAGAAGAACAGAAGCCCUCAGGAGUCCUGUAGAGCUGGGCGACUCUUUUCUUUAAGCAGAGAGGCCUGAGGCAUGCUGUGGAAAGACCUCACCUGCAGUCAUUUCCAAGUCAAGAGGACUAUGGUUUUCAAACCCCGCUGCAAAGAAGUUCCCUUGUUCUGUCUGGUACUGCCAGUUUGGGGAGCCUGUUGAAUCAUCACAGGAAUGGGAGGGUGAGACCCACCUGUAGACAUUAAAUAUCUUGCCAUGUCUG